AGGAGGGGCUGGCGCGGUGAGCUCGUUCGCCCCCAGGGACGCCGCCGAGUUCAUCUGGCAGUACCUCCUGGGUGGGCAAGACGCGCUGCUGUCCGAGAACCGGCACCCCUGGAUCGUGGCGGUGUCCCUGCGGGUGCUGGACUUCCAGGCCUCGCGGUGCUCCGAGCGGGAGCAGGCGCUGCAGUGGUGGGGCGGAGCCGCGGGGCCCGCUGGCGCCUCAGGAGCCGUCGGCGCGCUCGGGCUGCUGCGGUCGCUGGAGAGGCUCCUGGCCGCCGCGCGGUUGGAAGCGGAGCCAUCACUUGCACCGCUUGGUGUCCGAGCUGUGUGUAAUCUUGCGAAGCUGCUUCUGCGGUAUCCAGAGCUGAUGCCUUCCGUCAUCGCCGAGGACGGUGAAGAGGUGGCACAGGAGGCAGAUCCAGAAGAAGUCCCAGGCGAUACGGAUGCGAUCGAGAGGGAGCAUGGCGACAGUGACAAAGCGAACGAGGACGACGCUCGGAAGACGCAGACCGCCGAUUCCGCUGGCACCGCUAUCCCAGAGACGCUUGCGGAGGGCGGCGAGGAUGCAGAGCGGGAUGUGGCGAAGGCGGAGCUCCGACAAGAAGAGGACGAUCGCGCCUCUGAGAAAGACGAUGGGCUGAAUAACGAGGAGUCUUCUGACAAGGAGGACCAGCACGAAGAUGAAGCUGGUGGGAUCGAGCUAGAAGAUGGUCGCCAAGCGGGGCCUUCCCUUUUCGAGACUGUGCAUUUGGUGGACCGCGGUGGAGAUCUAGUGUCAGAAGGUAUCGGACAAGCUGGAAAUAGUUCUUUGCCUGCUGAGCAGGGUUCUGUACAGCAGGUGGAGCCAGCUGUGGGCAUUGCAUUUACGCACGAGAUGCUUCGACGAAGUCGGGUUCAUUGGCUUCUCGUCCGUUUAUCUCAUGAAGCGCGCCUUUUCCUGUCCCAGCCGUCGCAGCAUUUUGUGCGCCUUGUAUGUGUAUUCAGAAUAUUUAGCCAUAUGAUAUCGUGGCUCCCGGAACAUUUGCUUGUUUUAUUGCUGGAUCCUCUAUUGAAUCCUACCUAUAGAUGCUCGUCAGCGUUCGCAUCGGGAGCAGUCUCUUCGCUGCCAGAUAUACAGAGUCUUGAACAAGCUCUAAGUCUGAGUACGGAGCAGAGGCUGGAGUUCCUGGCCCAGCUGGCCCAGGGCUGCGUCGACGGCCUCGCGAAGAAGCUCCAGGGUGCAGGCCUCGGCGCAGAGUACUCACAGGCCAUCCUCAAAGUCCGCAAGGCCGUGGAGCGGAAACGAUCGGACCGCGUGCAGAAGAGAAAGCUCCUUCCCGUCACCGACCCCGAGGCUGCCGCAAAGAUGAAGAAGGCGAAACUUCAACGGAAGCAGGCAACGAAGAAGCGCAAGCUCGAGGAGACCAUCAUCUCCAAGCGGGGCGGCCUGGGAAAGACGCUCAUCAAGCAGUCUCGAAGCUUGGUGUAGACGCGCGCUCGGAUUCCGAAAAAGUGUGGCUGCUAGCCAUUUUCCCUCCCAUCCUCCCAACCACAAUCACCUCGGCAGCAAAUCAUGGGAGCCUGGCG